CCAUCCUCCAUCCAACAAUGGCUUCCUCCACGAUUAACACUCUCCUCCUACUCCUCCACCUCUUCUCCGGCGUCGCAUUCUCCGCCUCCACCGGCAUGAUCGGUGUCAACUACGGCCGCAUUGCAGAUAACCUCCCUGACCCAACCAAAGUCGUUCAACUACUCAAAUCCAACGCCAUCGACCAUAUCAAGCUCUAUGACACCGACUCCACCGUCCUCAAAGCACUUUCCGGUUCCAACAUCGCCGUCACCGUCGCCCUUCCCAAUCAACUACUCUCCUCCGCCGCAGCUAACCAAGCCUUCACUGACAAUUGGGUCCAAUCCAAUAUCCUUCCCUACCACCCUUCCACCCUCAUCGAAGCAAUCGCCGUCGGUAAUGAAGUAUUCGUUGAUCCAAACAACACCACCGAUUUCCUUGUUCCCGCCAUGAAAAACGUUUACGCUUCACUUCAGAAAAACAAAAUUUCCAUCAACGUGUCUUCUCCGAUUGCGCUCAGCGCUUUAGCCACCUCUUACCCUUCCUCUUCAGGUUCAUUCAAACCGGAUCUGCUAGAACCGGUGAUCAAACCAAUGCUUAGCUUCCUCAAAAAAACCGGAUCGUAUCUCAUGGUGAACGCCUACCCGUUUUUCGCAUAUGGAGCAAACACCGAUACGAUUUCAUUAGAUUACGCUUUGUUACGUGACAACAAUGGCGUGAAGGAUCCAAAAACCGGAAUCACUUACAAAACGCUUCUUGAAGCACAACUCGACGCAGUGUACGCCGCCAUGGAUGCAUUACAAUUCAACGAUGUGAAAAUAGUUGUUUCAGAAACUGGGUGGCCUUCAAAAGGAGAUUCUAACGAACCUGGCGCCGGAGAAGACAAUGCUGCUCAAUACAACGGUAACCUGGUACGCCGAGUACUCACCGGCGGUGGAACUCCGUUGAGACCAAACGAUCCUCUCGUUGUUUACCUGUUUGCUCUUUUCAACGAAGAUCAAAAAACCGGCCCUACUUCCGAACGGAAUUACGGUUUAUUUUUUCCGAAUGAGGAAAAAGUGUAUAAUGUGCCGUUGAGCAGGCAAGCUUUGGCGGAUUUGCCGUCGGCGGCAGCGAGUAACGGUAGCAAGUCACAGGUGCCGGUGGUGGAGGCUCCGGCGCCUAGCUCCGGCGAUGUAUCGGCGGCGAAUACAGUAGGGCAGACGUGGUGUGUAGCGAACGGGAAUGUCGGGGAUGAGAAGUUACAAGCUGCGUUAGAUUAUGCUUGUGGGGAAGGUGGUGCUGAUUGCCGUCCGAUUCAGUCUGGUGCCACGUGUUAUAAUCCUAGCACACUUGAAGCUCAUGCUUCAUAUGCGUUCAACAGCUAUUACCAAAAGCAGACACGUGUGAGUGGAUCGUGCGAUUUUGGGGGUGCGGCGUACGUGGUCUCUCAACCUCCUCGAUUCGGCAGCUGCAAAUUUCCUACGGGAUAUUAGGAGGAAAAUUAUGAGCUUUGAUGCCUUGAUGGUGUCGUUUAGUUGGUUAUUAUUUAUGUUUUGGAGGCAUUUUGUUUUAUUAUUUAAAUAUUUAUUUAUUAUUGUUUAUUUAGACAAAAUGGUAGUUAGGUUUGGUUGCUUGUAUUGGUUAUGACUUUUAAUAUUUGUUCCUUGU